AAUUCCAUGACUGCACUUAUUGUAGCAGUGAAGGGUGGCUAUACUGACUCAGUAAAAGAAAUCCUGAAAAGGAACCCAAAUGUCAACUUAACAGAUAAAGAUGGAAAUACAGCUUUGAUGAUUGCAUCAAAGGAAGGACAUACUGAAAUUGUGCAGGAUCUUCUUGAUGCUGGAACUUACGUGAACAUUCCUGACAGAAGUGGCGAUACAGUGCUGAUUGGGGCUGUUAGAGGAGGUCACGUUGAAAUUGUGAGGGCCCUGCUCCAUAAAUAUGCUGAUAUAGAUAUCAGAGGUCAGGAUAAUAAAACUGCUUUAUAUUGGGCAGUUGAGAAAGGAAACGCUACGAUGGUGAGGGAUAUCUUGCAGUGCAACCCUGAUACUGAAACAUGUACGAAGGAUGGAGAAACACCACUUAUAAAGGCAACCAAGAUGAGAAAUAUUGAAAUAGUAGAGCUGCUUUUGGACAAAGGAGCUAAGGUCUCUGCUGUAGACAAGAAAGGAGAUACUCCUCUUCAUAUUGCCAUUCGUGGAAGAAGCCGAAAACUUGCUGAGUUGCUCUUAAGAAAUCCAAAAGAUGGUCGAUUGCUUUAUAGACCUAACAAAACAGGAGAAACACCUUACAAUAUUGACUGUAGCCACCAGAAGAGUAUUUUAACACAGAUAUUUGGAGCCAGACACUUGUCUCCCACGGAAUCUGACGGGGACAUGCUGGGUUACGACCUGUACAGCAGUGCUUUGGCUGAUAUUCUGAGUGAACCGACCAUGCAGCCACCUAUCUGUGUAGGCUUAUAUGCACAGUGGGGAAGUGGAAAAUCUUUCCUGCUUAAGAAACUGGAAGACGAAAUGAAGACUUUUGCAGGACAGCAGAUCGAACCUCUGUUUCAGUUCUCCUGGCUUAUUGUAUUCCUCACGCUUGUGCUGUGUGGAGGUUUGGGCUUGUUGCUUGCUUUCACAGUGGAUGCAAAGCUUGGAAUAGCGGUGUCACUCAGUUUACUAGCAGUUCUCUACAUUUUCUUUACUGUAAUUUACUUUGGUGGCCGAAGAGAAGGUGAGAGCUGGAGCUGGGCCUGGGUACUAAGUGCAAGGUUGGCAAGACAUAUUGGAUAUUUAGAGUUACUUCUCAAACUCAUGUUUGUGAACCCACCAGAAUUACCAGAGCAAACCACAAAAGCUUUACCUGUCAGAUUUCUGUUUACGGACUACAAUAGACUGUCCAGUGUAGGUGGAGAAACUUCAUUGGCUGAGAUGAUUGCUACCCUCUCUGAUGCAUGUGAAAGGGAAUUUGGUUUCUUAGCAACAAGGCUAUUUCGAGUUUUCAAGACAGAAGAUACACAAGGUAAAAAGAAAUGGAAGAAAACUUGCUGUCUCCCAUCAUUUGUGAUUUUCCUGUUCAUAUUGUCUUGCGUUGUUUCUGCGAUUGCUCUGCUGGCAAUUUUUAAUGUAGAACCAGCCAACAUGACAGUGAAUGUUAUUCUUAUAUCAGUUACCUGUGUUGUCGGUUUGGCCUUUAUCUUGAAUUGUCGCACAUGGUGGCAAGUGAUGGAUUCAGUUUUGAAUUCUCAACGAAAACGUCUUCACAAUGCUGCCUCCAAGCUUCACAAGUUGAAAAGCGAGGGGUUCAUGAAG